UCGAAUCUUCUGGUAUUUUUAAGUUCAGAGGAAGACACUGGAAAGAUCCUUGUGCUACACAAGAAGAGCUCAUGGUUUAGAGAUUUGGAACUCAUUGCAAUGAGCAAAUCAGAAAACUCAAGCAUUAAGGAAGAAACACCUAAAGAUGAAGAUAUAUCAUCAGAAAUCAUGAAGAGGCGAUUCGUGCCAAACCUUUUCAAAGGCAUGUCCUGGGAGGGCUUUCAGUUUGCUGGAUGUGAAAUCAAAAUUACAGAAACCAUUGACUGUUAUGGUGCAUAUGUGUGGCCUUCGGCCAUGGUGUUGAGCUAUUACCUGGAACACUGCCAGCACGAGAUAAUUGAUAAAAACGUAAUUGAAAUAGGAUCAGGGACAGGACUGGUGUCAAUUGUUGCUUCUAUACUUGGCUCCAAUGUGACCGCAACAGAUCUGCCUCAUUUACUGGAUAACUUACAAUACAAUAUAUCUCAAAAUACAAAAUCAAGAAGCAAAUAUCAGCCGCAGGUCAGAGAACUGAAAUGGGGAAUAGAUUUGGAGAAAGCUUUCCCCAGGAGUACAUGUCAUUAUGAUUAUUUAUUGGCAGCUGAUGUUGUAUACAGUCACCCAUACUUGAAUGAACUUUUAAUGACUUUUGAUCAUUUAUGUCAGGAUGACACCACAAUUUUAUGGACAAUGAAAUUUAGGCUUGAUAAGGACAACACCUUUGUGCACAGAUUUCAACAUAUAUUUGACACAGUCAUUAUAUAUGACCUCCCAAGUUUGCAGAUAAAACUGUAUAAAGCAACACGAAAAAAAACAAGGAUUGGAAUAGAAACAUGAGAUCUAACUGCUCAUACCUCCAAAGCAAUAAUUAUCCUUAUGCUGUAUGGUUAAAUUUAACUCCCUGAAAUCAAACUUACAAAAUGAUACGUGUUUUGCUUCCAGCAAAGUUUGUACAGUUAGUGUUGCCAAGUGUUGCCAGCUAAGAAGCCUUCUAGGGUAAGUGUAGCCGUGAGAAAAUGUAUCUAAAGAUCUAAUAUUUAAAAUCUGUCUGUAGAUAAGAUUUCUGACAUUUACAGAUUAAUUUUGGAUCAGAGCAUGCCUCCUGAUAUGUCUCUUGAAUUGCUCACAAUCACCAAGUGUCUGUAUUUAUUAUAUUUCAUUGGACUAGCAUUCAUUCCUCAAGCACAGCACAGCAAGCAGGCAAACAACUGUCCGAGAACACUGAUGCACUAUGCUCCACUUUAUAAAAAUGUCAACCACUCUCAACAUUUCCUCUGAAAUUAACCACUCUGCACUCUAUAUUUCCUUUUAGGCAUUUUCUUAAUGUCUCUAUUGUUUAUGAAAGUAAUCUUUUACAAACAUGAAGAAAAAUAAUUCUGAAUAAAAUGUUUCCUUUUUUUUUGCAGUUCUUAAUGGCAAAUAACCUUCCUGUGGCAUGUUAACACCUAAUUAAUUUUUCUAGAGAUUAAUAUUUAAAUAAGUUAAUCGAUUGGUAAAAAUAGCUUCAUAAUUAAUCAGUCAAACGUGCCUGCCAUGUGCAGCCUGAAUGAAGCAAUGGAUAGUACAGGGUUUGAGUAUCUUCUACUGGAGAGACGAUUCAGCAUCUUCUACAGAAAGAUUACAACAGCAGCAUACAUUUUCAUUUAAUGAUGACACAAUUAUUUCCAA